AUGUCUGUUGCUAAGAUCGCCGCCAACACCAAGCCGUUCCCGGCGUAUUUCUUUUCCCACGGGGCUCCCUCGUUCUUAUACGAAGACGAUGACUUCGGUGACCGUGGCGCCUGGAAGACGGUGAAGAAAAUCGGCAGAUUGAUAAAGAAAUGGCAGCCCGAUUACAUCAUCGUGGUGCUGGCCCACUGGCAGUCUACCGGCUCCAACUUGGUUGAAGUGAAUGUGGCUGAUGCUCCUCUGGCUGAGAAUAAGCUCAUCUAUGACUUCUACGGAUUUCCCAAGUACAUGUACCAAGAAGAAUUUCAUUCGUUAAAUGCUCCUGUCAUUGGCGAGCAAAUCAAAGCUCACCUUGAGAAGAACGGGUUUAACUCGCGUCUCACUAAACGUGGGCUUGACCAUGGUGCUUGGGUCCCUUUGAAAGUGGCAUUCUCCGACUAUAACACGAAAACCAACCCCCAACCCGAGGAAAAGGGGUUGGAUUUACCUGAUACGGCAGUGAUCCAAGUCUCGCUUACCGCUAAUGACCGUGAUAUCGAUGCCCACUUCCGUUUAGGCCAAGUGCUUAACUAUUUCCGUACCCACCAAGUGUGGGACGAAUCCAAAAACCGCUACGCUCGGGGCCUCAUUGUUUGUCUGGGGAUGACUGUUCACAACCUUGGAGACAUCGGUAGAGGCCUUUCUGCUCCCGGUGGAGUGAUGCCUUACACUAAGCCGUUCAACCGGUGGUUGACUCUGACCCUUACUGGCCCCGGUGAUAAGCGUGAAGCCAUCACCAAAUUGCAAAAGGAAAACCCGACCUUGUUGUAUAACGCCCACCCGUCGCUCGAACACUUUUUGCCUGCAGUUGUCGGUGCCGGUGUUGCUAGUGAGAACGAUGAACCAAUUAAGGAGCUCUACAACAACGAUUUCAGCUCUAUGGGGUGGGGCAUCUUCCAAUUCGGCAAGGACUACACCGACAAGGCUUGA